AUGUCCAAGUGCUGCGGCUGCAUCGGCGUCUGCGCGACCACCGAAGCGUAUCAACCGCUAAAGACUCACACCUACGCGCGCGGCGAUAUCGGCCAGGAGCCGUUCAGGAACGGCAGGGAGGUCUUGAGAAGCCCGAGAGAUCGCCGCAGGAAGUCUAGCGUUCGCUACGACGUCGUGAGGACUCCCGGAAGUGGCAGCGAGCAGUCAACGCCACAUCGCCAUCUGCCUGGGACUCUGCGAGGUUCCCUGAGCCAUUCUCAUAAUCACCACCACGGCCAUCCCCACAGACAUGAACUACCACCGUCGACGUACCUCACACCCCCACCGCCACCACCAGCGUCGAGUUACAUCACGGUGCAGCGCGGCUGCGCUCUGCAUUCGAGGCUCGACCAGCCGGUGACCAGCUCUACGCCCGGGAUGGACAACAAAAAGAUUGUCCAGUCGAGCACGCCGCCCGCCGUGCCGGUUCAGGUACGUAGCAAGCAAGAUGGCUCGGGGGUGGCGGCCUCCGUGUCGGGGGUGCGCAGGCGGAGCGGCCCACAAGGGGGUCUGCGUUCGCCCGCCGCGAAGAGGCCCCUCUCCGCCCCCGUUGCGCUGCAGGGAUGGCUGCAUAAACAGGGCUCGGAGGGUCUCAUGUUGUGGAAGAAGCGCUGGUUCGUCCUCUCCGAGUACUGUCUCUUUUAUUACAAGGGCCCGGAGGAGGAGAAACUGCUAGGUUCGAUAUUACUACCUUCGUACAGAGUUACCGUCUGCAAACCCGAGGACAAAGUCAACAAGAAGUUCGCCUUCAAGGCCGAACACGCGAACAUGAGGACUUACCACUUCGCGGCUGACAGUCGGGAGAGCAUGAACCAGUGGGUGAAUGCUCUGACUCUGGCGACGCUUUUGCAAGAUCCCAGCCCUGGCGCGGGCGAGGCCGCGGUAGUCAUAGAGAUAGCGCAGGAAGGCGAACGAAGCGCUCGACCUAGCGUCUCGUCGAUCUCGUCGAUCCUGAAUCAGAGCGCCGACGACAGCGACUCUGGCUUUCACGGCUUCCAGUCGCGCGACGAUCCCAGCCAUGCCUCCAACAACAACUCCAGCCCGAACAGCGCGAACACUGCCUCCUUCCCGAAUCUCAGCGGUAGCAACAGCAACGGCAAUUCCAGCAACAAUCACGCGAGCGACUCGGGUCAUCCGAUGAUGAACGGUUGGGUGCAGCAGUCGUCGCAGUACGGCCAGCCCGGCACCUCUCAGCCGCAGCAGCAGCAAUACGGGCACUUGCCGUCGCAACAACUGCAGCCGGGCCACUCGCAUCAGCAUCAAGCGUUGCUUCAUCAUCAUUUGCCGCAUCAGAACGCGCUCCCGGCUCAUCAGUCGUCGCAUCCGCACAAGCACGUGCUCCAACAGUCGCCGCAGCAGCAGCAGCAGCAGCAGCAGCAACAGCCGCAACAGCCCCAGCAGCUGUCGCAUUCCGGCUCGGGUAGCGUUCAGACGAUGCAACCUAUGCCACGAACGAAAUUCGGGCAGCCGAUUUACGCGAACGCACCGCCGAAACCUAGAAGACUGACGGAUGGCUCUAACGAGUACUCGACGCCAUCGCCGGAUAUGGACUACCGGAAGAGCCCGGUCUCGCCGGACGUCACGGUGACGAGCAAGAGCCCGAUGUCCGAUUACGAGAGGAACAACACGAUCUACGGCACGCGGAUGAGUCAGCCGCCGUCGCAGCAGAGUCUGCGAAUCGACAAAUCGGGCCUGCAUUACGGCUACGGUCAGACGGUCCAACCGACGGAGAGGAGGACCCCGGACACGUACGGUCGCAGCGCGAAACCGAGGACCAGCAGCAGGGGCAACGGGGACUACGAGGAGGUCUACGGCACGCCGCAGCUUUAUCAGAGGCCCGCGGGACCGGUGGGUUACACCAAGGGCGCGUCGCCGGCACCCAUUCCCAUCCCCCUGUACGCGCAACAGCAUCUGCAGCAACUGCACUCCCCCGUCACGCCGCCGAACAUGACGUUGGUAAGGCAAUCUAGAGCUCAACCGCCACCGCGACCGCAUAGCGCGGAUUUCCUCGAGUAUGAGGCAGCAAGGCGACCCCAGCAGCAACCCACGCAAUGCGAGAGACUCCCGGAUCAGCAAAGACGUCCGCAGAGGCCUAAAUCCAGCUUAGAUAUAGUGAACCCAUCAGACACAACCAAUGACGGUUACUUCUAUUCCGAGGAAAGAUACGCGGCGCAGAUGCGGCAGUCCGCGGUGUAUUUGCAUCAGACCCCCCAACAUUAUCAGCAGCAGAGGAAUCAGUCCCUCUCGCGCGUCACGAUGCAGCCGAAGCUGCCGGGUGUCCGCGAUAAAACCGAUGAAAGUAGGAUAUCCACAUUACCGGAUUCCGCUUGCCCCGCUCUGAGACGCACGCAGCGGGAUCACGUACAUCAGCAGCAGCACACGAUGCCCGCUCAGUCGCUGACGCAGAGACAUUCCGAGCUAAUGGGCGCCGACCCGAAACUCCGAAGAUCCUUGCGCGAGAAAAGCUGCGAGGCGAAUGGCCGCGAGACGCUGACACACGGCGAGGACAACACGAUCCCUCGCAGAGUACCGCGCGGCGAGUACGACGGGUGGGGAAGAGCAGCGGGUCACAGUGCCCACGGGACCCACAUCGCUCAGACGUGUCACGCCGGUCACGCAGGUGCCGGCAGACGAUGGAGCGAGCAGCAGCAGUUCUGCAGAUCGGCGUCGGCGCGUCUGCCAAGGACACGGCAUCCGGCUGCCCUUGAUCCCGACGACGACGACUACGCCGAGAGGUCCUCCGAGCAGGACUCGCGUGAUGGUGAACGCAAGAUUCAGCAGCGCGAAGAGUCGAUGAAGCGGCUGCUAGAAUGGAAGCAGCGUAUGCUGCAAUCACCGUUGACGCGCAAGCCGUCCGGCUCGGCCAAUCGCGGCAGGGCGCAAAAUGAUCUUUCGAGUUACUACAAGCAACAGGCGCUGCUGGAUUUGGCAGCGCACGAGGCCGCCGUGGCGGAGGGUCGUCACUCCCGGAGGCGGGAGGACGGACAUCGUUCGCAUGUCAGGAGCAAGAGCUCGGACGGCCGUCGGACCGCCGUCAACGUGCCACGCUACAACAGCUAUUCCAGCGAUGACGAAGAGCUGGGAGAUAUCCGGAGGAAGCGCUCGCGCAGACCCACGCAUGCAGGAAGGAGCCCCCGGCACGCCGGCGACGAUCGGUCAUCAACGGCGACUUCCGCCGUCCAGGAUGUCACGAUACCCGGGAGCGGCCGCACGAGCGUUAAUCAGAUCCCGCAGUCGCAAACCCUUAACGCUCGCAAAGCGAACCCGGCGAGCGCGCUCUCCUCUCUGGGUGGCAUACCGCCGGACGCGGGUUACGACGAGGUCAGCUUUCCGCCGAUGAUGAGAAACGAUUACGCGUACGCGUCGUCGUCGGCGGACAGGCAAUCGUCAUCCCGAAGAUCGGAUCCCGAGGCCGCCUUCGAGGACCCCGCGAGACACAAGACCCCGAAGAAACCGCUGGGCAUUCUGAAGACAUCAACCGCUUACGGCUUCGAUCAGCAGAAAUAUGACGGGCAACAAACCGGCGUGAUCGAGAGCAACAGAUCCGACAGUCUGUGCGGUUAUCGAACCAACGAGUCGUGGCACGUUCAGAAAAACGUACAGUGGGAUUCUAAGGACGAUAACGACGAAUGGGAUCCCGGCAUCGACGAGAGCAAAGUUAUCAAGGAGUUUUCUUAUCAGUAUAUUAAUCCUAAGAAAGUGCCGAUGCCAUCGAAAGUGGAAGAGAAUGAGAGCGAAAAAUUCGAGACCAUGAAUCUGGUCCAGUGCAGAAUCAGAUCUUUCGAGAUGAACAUGGAUGGCGCCAGUCCGGUCAAGGAGGUGUUGACCAUGCAGGAGCCGUUGAAGAUAUCGCCGCUACAGGCGACCGAGGCUCACGUCUCGAAGCUCGACUGCGCAAACAAGCCCCCGUCCGUCAUACGCAGCUUCGCUCUGGGUGACGCAAAUGCUUCGGAGAACGCUACCAAGCACAAGAACGUAGAGGAGGGACACGCUAAGCAAGCUUCAACUGAUAGUAACAAGUCAGUCAAGGAUCUCCGGGCGAACUUCGAACAGAAGUCACAGCAGCAGGCUAAUCGGAAGUUUGAGAAGCGGCAAGAAUCGAAGCAUCGCGGAAACUAUGGUGAUAAUGAAACAUUACGAUACGACAUUGGAAGUAAUUUGGAUCGUCGAGAUAGAGACGACGAGAAGGAGAAACUCGUUGAGAAGAAUGAAGAUAUUACGCAACGUUUCGCUUUGGACACUCUCUAUACGGGUGCCGAGGAAAUGCAGAAUUCCGACGGAUCUCCGAAGCAAAACAGAAUGAGCAGUUCAAAAGACAGUCUGACAGAACAAUGCGUGCCAUCGAUCGAUUUAAAUGUUAUCCCGAGUCCUGACUGUGCUAGAACGAGCAUGACCGAAUCGUUAGUAACGCACAGCGGCCAAUUCUCUGCCGAUAACGAUCCCAGUUCGAAGCAGGACGACAUUAACAGCGAGGAUCACUAUCUCCCCAUGUCUCCCAGAAAAGCUAUAUUGGAUCCUAACAGCGAUGAUAGACCGAAUCCUAAGAUAAUGGAGAGUCUGUUCGCCAAUUUGCAGCACGAGGAGAGCUCAUACGUGGAGAUGGCGCAGAACGGGAUGAAUCGCUCUCUCUUGGCACCGAACGAGGGCGGCAGAAAGCACGAUUCCGGCGAUUAUUCCACGCUGGACGCGUCCCACUACGAACUUGUCUGCGUGUCGGAUAACAAGAUUGAGCCGGUAUAUAUGGAGGUGAAUCAAUUGUCCGAAAAAGAGGACGAAGACGGCAGUAACGCAUCCUUGAUGAGAAAGAGCAACGCCAACGAGAAUUCACCGCAUUCCAGGGGCGAUCUGCCCGACAUCUUGACGGCGCUCAAGUCCGAUAGUUCUGACGCCGACGACGAGUCGUCCAAGGACUUGGAGUCGAUAGAUGCACCACGGCAUCCGCGAUUCAGUCUGUCCGACACCUUCCGACCGGCUUCUUAUUAUCUGGGAGCUAGCCGCAACAUGAUGGCGGAAUUACACGACUCGUCGGACAGUGAGCUCGUAUCCCCGCCACCGAUACCGACCUCUCCGCCGCCGUUGGACGAUUUGGAAUCGCUGGACAUGCAGGAAUCCUUGGAAAUAAAGAAGGUCUCGCCGCAGGUGGCUACGACGAAGGAUAACGUGCUGAGUCGCGACUCUCCAAAAUCUUGGAACAAAUCAGUAGGUCAGAUGGAAAUGCACAGGCCACCGUCAAGGUUUUCCGAUGCGACAAUCAGCUCCAACUUUAGAGAUAGCAGAAUAUCGUUGGAGAGCGCAUCCGGAAGCGAUUCGACCGAGCUCAGAAAUCCAGAGGAGGAAGCUCGGCACAGACAAUUGAAGAGGAGACCGGUCAGCGAUGAUGUUUGCGAAGUUCUGGACAGUCUAGACGAAUUAGAAUCGUUGGGAAGUCGCUUCGAUGGCGCGAGCAUCGACCUCGAUCAAUACUUGGAGGAAUUACAGGCUAGAGAUGCGUUCAAUGUGGAUCUUUACGCAAAAGAUCCGAGCUACAACAGCAUUUACGGAUUCAACGAGAAUAUGCUAGUGGUUGAUAAGCUGCAGAAGACCACGUGUCAGGAUCUAUCGAGGAAGAUGAAAUUAAUGUCGAGCAAUCUCGAUCGGCCGUUCGAUUAUUCCGGUAAAAAUAAAACCGGCUCGGCAAGCAGCUUGCCAUCCAUGAGAGUAUCCGAUCUACCGCCGACCCACCAACACUCGCAGUCCUUCACCGGCGACGCGCAUUACGAGAACGUCGCGAGCUUCUCGCCGCUUCGCGGUUCGCCGGCGGUUCGACCCGACAGCGAGCCGCCACGCGACAGCGUUCACAGGAUGCAGAGCACGUCCCAGAGCAUUAGCGCGCUACCAAUCUCUCACAGCAGGGAUUCCAGUUACUCGAACGCAUCGAUCGCAGCGUCCAUCUCGACGUCCAUGGCUUGCCAGAGGCCCGCGAGCGCGCAAUCCUCGAUGCACUCGCCCAUCAGCGCGUCCAUGUCCUCGGUGAAUCACGGUAGCACGCUAGCGAGUAUGCUGCAGAACGUCAACGCGUAUUCCGAGCAAAGGUUCCCGAAUCACUCGAGGUCCGCCAGUCACGACGCGUGUGUACGACAUGUACUGCCGAAUCAUCGAUCAACUUCCAGCCAGGACUCGAGCCAUUAUCCCAGCCCAAUGUCGAUACAAACUAAUCCCGUUCUACUGCAGUCAUAUUUACCAAACGCCGGCGAGCAGCGUGCCCAGAGCGAUCAAUCGGGAGCGCCCUAUUACUAUUCGGACCUCCAAGCGAGUGUCAACAGUGUGGAUAUAGAGCUGACCAAACCGAUGAUCGGCCAUACCUCGCGAUUACCUCAGCUAAACAAUCAGAGGGACGACGCGGCGAUCGGCUUGAGCAAGCGGAAUGAUAUCGGUCGUAUAGUGAACCCGAUCGCGCGGCAAAUGCCACGGCAGAUUCAAGUAGACGACAUAGACGAGGCUAGACGUAUCGCCGCAGAACUGAGGCGGACGACCUGCCAGCUGCUCGGCGACAAUAAAGCCGCUCUCGUAGACAAGAGAAAUUUCUACGAGGCCGACACGUUGCGCCGGGUGAAAUCCACUGAUCCACUGCCAGAUGUAUCUCUGCCCGAGGCUAGAAACUUAUAUCCCCACGGUCUUAGAGAUAAGUCCGUUAAUCCAGGCAACGUCGAUAACACGGAACCGACGCACGUCACACAAGCGUCUCAUCGUCGGUCGAGAUCUCUCGAGGGAUUACUCGACGACGUCGGCCUGCAAAAUUUAGUGGAGCAGCGAAACCGAGCUAACCGAGCGGCGGCAGCGGCAACGGCGAUGACAGUGGUGACUUCAACGGCCUCGACCAGUCAAAUCCAGGCAACGCUGCAAAACAUGCCAUCGUCUGACAAUCAUAAUGCCGUGACUGAUAGUAAUUUCAAUUCCGAAGAUCCCUGGGAACAGGAUAGCCUUUGGUGCGAGAGCCUGAGGAGGGUGAGUCUGCGUAAUGCCAGAUCGUUGGAUAAUCUAGACAGUCCGCCGAGACCUGGAAGAUCCGGUGAUGCAAAAUCGCGCGGCAGAAUCACGCGGGGUGCGACCUACGUGAACGACAGUGUCGUUUUGCGCAGGGACAAUUGCGCGGAGGAAUCUUCGUGCAGCGAACGACCGCGAGUCAAACGCAGAACGAACAAGGAUCACCAUACGCGAGAACGGCCGAUCGAGGAUGACGACGACACUUAUGAGACCUUGUCGAUGGAGGUGAUCGGCACAGGCGGCUACGUGUGGGAUCCACAAAACAAGAUCUAUCACAAGCCCACCGUUUCGGACAGGAAUCAUUUUUUAGAGGACGGCAACCUUCCCCCGGCUCGCUCGAUCCCGGACGUCCGUAUGUCCGCGACGUCGUUCGAGCUCGACCGAGAGAAGCUCCGCCAAUGGGAUUUGUUGUCGAGCGCCUGCUUACUCCAGGAGCAGCAGCGCACCUCGAUGGCGGACUCGGGGCGAGGGUUGCCGGUCGUGGAACAAGCUGGAGACGCGCACGAUUCACGGCACGCCGUCGUCGCGGCGGCGGCGGCGGCGACGAUAACGACGACGACGAUGAAUGCGAUGAUGACGGUGGCAAAGGUAACACCGGCACCGAUGACGACGAUGACGAUGAUGGGCACGGCGAACGACAACGAGCAAAUAGACGUUAUCGUAAAGCCAAUCGAUAUCGCGGAUGUACGCGACAUCUUGCCGACGAAGAUGCCGAUCAAGAGGCAGGAACCGAGGCAGGAGCCGUGUAAACGGGCUGCAGGUGAGUGGCUCCUCAACAACGCUGAGGUGUACAGGCAGUGA